CUGAGCUGGGGCUCACAGAGCCAGGCCCUUUGGCCGUUCUGCUUAACUGUUUCCUCCUGGCUGAUGGGCACGUUUGCUGGGCAUCCCCCCACCCCGCCUUUGGGUAAAGCAGGAUUAGAUGCAACUCUGAGGGGAAGGGUAGGAGCGCGUGACCUGGGUGUUGCUGGAGGCUGUGGCCACUCUCGGAUAGCCUCCUUUCUAGAAUCCGCGCCUCUUUAAAAGGUGUUGGAAAGACUCACAAGUGAGCUGCAGCCAUAUUUUAAAGAUAAACUUUAAGAGAAACGCUAUUACGCACAGUCGGCAGUUUCACUAGAGAAGAGUUAAGCUAGAUUUUACGAAGCGUGGCUCAGUAGUGUCUUCAAUUAGGCUCUUAGGAAGGCACAGAUAAAAAUUGAAAAAAAUACAUCUCUGCAGCCUGACAGUGUUGCUUAAGGCCAUAACAACCUCACGGAUGGAAGAGGUUCUUCAGUACUCCUGGUGAUUUGGGAACAAUGGAUGGGCAAAGCCGAGAUACCCUCAGUGGGCCGCUGAUUUCCAAGAAAUGUUAAGAUGAACUUCGUUUUAUUUGUUGCACGCUUUUUUUGGUUGUUCGGUUUGCACACAUGCAUUUUUGGUGUUUUUUCAGUGUGCUGGUCUGCAGAUGGGUGAAAGAUUGAAUUAAGCUAUUAGGAAUGCUUGUGGUAGACAGCAGGCAGAAGGCUGCUGCAGAACCGGGGGGAAUACUGAGCUCUCACAAAACUGAGGUUAUGAGGCAGGGGGAUGGGUGUUGAGCAGUGAUCACUGUGGUAGCUAAGGUGAUUAUGUACAUGGAGAAGUGACAUUAGGAGAAUAUGUUGCAGUGCUCCCAGAUUCUUUGAAUGUUACCUAGCAACCGUUAAGAGUCAGCAGGGUAUGACUAGCCAGGCAUCCACAGACCACUGAAUAGCAGUUGCUACCUAGGCAGAAUGCAAUGUCGGGAUAAGCAGACAGGAAAAAAAAAGACUUUUUUAAAAUUGAGAGAAACAAAGACUAAUUGUUACAUUCUUCCUGUUUCUUCACAGCCUAGAUGAAGGGACUGAGUGAGAUGUACAGCUGCUCCUCAGCAUGUCUUGGCUGCUCCAGCUCUGCGCGCUCUGACAAUGAGCAGCAACUCCUCCCUCAUCAAUGUGAAGGGCCUGAGGAACCUUACCACGCUGGAAAACGGGGCUGUCAGAGUCACCGAGUCUAUUGCUAUAAUUGUCAUUGCCAUUUUCAUCUGUUUGGGCAACCUGGUGAUUGUCGUCACCCUCUACCGGAAGUCUUACCUUCUCACUUUGAGCAACAAGUUUGUGUUCAGCCUGACCCUCUCCAACUUUCUUCUCUCUGUACUGGUACUACCUUUUGUUGUCACCAGCUCCAUCAGGCGGGAAUGGAUCUUUGGAGUUGUUUGGUGCAACUUUUCAGCACUGCUCUACAUGCUGAUCAGCUCAGCCAGCAUGCUCACUCUUGGACUCAUAGCUAUAGACCGGUACUAUGCUGUCCUAUACCCAAUGGUUUACCCAAUGAAGAUUACAGGCAACAGAGCAGUGGUAGCUCUUGUAUACGUGUGGCUACAUUCCCUUAUUGGCUGUCUCCCUCCCCUCUUUGGCUGGUCGUCUUUGGAGUUUGACCAGUUCAAAUGGAUGUGCGUGGCAGCCUGGCAUAAAGAGGCUGGCUACACUGCCUUUUGGCAGAUCUGGUGUGCGUUGCUGCCUUUCUCGGUCAUGAUGAUCUGCUAUGGAUUCAUAUUCCGUGUGGCUAGGAUUAAAGCCCGCAAAAUCCACUGUGGUAGUGUAGUUAUUGUGGAGGAAGACUCGCAGAGGAAUGGGAGGAAGAACUCCAGCACCUCCACGUCCUCUUCAGGCAGCCGAAGGAAUGCUUUCCAAGGAGUUGUCUACUCUGCCAACCAGUGCAAAGCUUUCAUAACCAUCUUGGUUGUCAUCGGUGCUUUUGUGAUUACAUGGGGGCCUUACAUGGUAGUAAUUACGUCAGAGGCGCUUUGGGGAAAAAAUAGUAUUUCCCCUGCCUGGGAGACGUUGGCUACGUGGUUGUCCUUUUCCAGUGCCAUUUGCCAUCCACUGAUUUAUGGACUCUGGAACAAAACGGUACGCAAGGAACUACUAGGAAUGUGCUUUGGGGAUCGGUAUUACCGCGAGUCCUUUGUUCAGCGGCAUAGGACAUCAAGGCUAUUUAGCAUUUCCAAUAGGAUCACAGAUUUGGGACUAUCUCCCCAUCUCACUGCCCUCAUGGCAGGUGGACGGCCAUUAGGAAACAGCAGCAGCACAGGAGACACAGGUUUUAGCUGCUCACAGGAUUCAGGAACAGAUGCAAUGCUUCUUGAAGAUUAUAGCUCCGAUGGCCCUCAUCCCCCGCACUGCAUCUGUCCUCCUCGAAGGAGGAGUUCAGUGACAUUUGAAGAUGAAGUGGAACAAAUUAAAGGUGGGUUUAGGGAAGCUGCAAAGAAUUCUGUUCUUCAUGUAAAAGCAGAAGUCCAUAAAUCUCUGGACAGUUAUGCAUCCAGUUUAGCAAAAGCUAUUGAAGCAGAUGUGAAAAUCAGCUUGUUUGGGGAGGAGGCUUUACCAGGAGCUCUGUUCCCUGUGCGGACUCUGCCAGGAAGCAACAUGAACACACGGCGUAGUACCAGGCCCCAUGCUAGCCAAAGACUUCAGCUGCAGAGCAUCGAUGAAGGGAAUAUUUGACAGGAGCACUAGAAUAAAAAAACAAGAAGAAACCACUAAGCAUGACCUAAUACAGCUGUUACUCUUUUAACAGAAAUGGAAUACCUUGUUGAGAUAUUUUCAGUGUGUUGUCAAGAACACUUGAAAAUCAGCUGAAUUCUGGUAUAUACUUACAUCAGCAUUUUACAGCAGUAUUUUUUUUACUGUUUAGGGUGCUAUUGACUUUUUUUUUUUGUGCCACGUCUUAAAUCUAUCACGCAUGCAUAAGAACACAGCGUUUGGUUUGUUGAACCACAUCAUUGGUCCGUCGGAUCUUGUGUCCCAUUAGUGGCCAAAGUUGAUAUAGGGAUGAAAAAGGAAAGGUAUGUGCAAUGUUUUGUACAGUAUUGCAGAAAUCCUUUUCUGACCACCUGGCUAAUCAGUCUGUACUCCAGAGCUGGAGGUAUGAGUGCUGUGAUAGGAGCUUGUGCAUUCAAUAUUUCAUAAAAUGUAUUGUCCCAGACUCCCAAAUGAUGGAGCAUGGAUUUAACUAAGGCAUAAAAUCUGAACUUUUCAGAAAGCUCAUGCAGAUUAUGGUCCUAUUUACCCUUUCUAGCGGAUGAUAUUUCCAGCUGUUCAACCAUCAGAAUGCAGAAUCUGAAACUGGACUAUAUGUUGCUUCUGUUUUAUGAAACACCAGCUUCUCAGAUGUAAUGGGGGGGAAGCAGACCAGUGCUGUAAAUAUCACUGAGAUGGUGUUGAAGAAUAACAUGCAAAGUUCUUUGAUUCUCAGAGGACUUCAGUUCACUUUCUAGGUUCUGCUUUUACUAAAAGGGUACUCUGCAGCUGUGGAAAGUUUGACAAUAUAAAUGAGGUAUUACCACUUUAAUAUUAAUGAUAUAUUAAGGAUUCAUCUGUCCUAUUGAGAGAAGCUCUGUGAGUUAUUUGAAUUCUUUUCUACCAGAAGAGACUGUAGUAUUUAAGCAAUAGUUACCUCAGUGCAUAUAUUCCUUGGUGUUUAAUUCAUUAACCUCUAAAAUAAGAACAUUUAGCACUUAUAUUGCACUUUGCAUGCUCUAAGCACUGUACAGACAUGACCUUUUUAGGCCUUUAUGAGAUGGUUUAUCAGCCCUGCUUGCCAAAGAAGGGGAACUCAAGAACAGUAAAGCAGCUGCUGGAAAUUAAACCAGUUGCAAAGGUGGAAAGGUUUGUUAUGAAAAGAGAAAUGAGCUGGAUUAUAAGAGAAUGCCCAGCUUGAGGAACUUUUCUGUGCCUUCCUGGUUUGGCCCCUUCUUUACUUUGUGGGGGUUAUAGCCCUGCCUUAUUGCCUAUUUCAAAGCGAUAGACGAAGAUUAGCAGGAUAAUUUCUUGGGACUAGAUGGCAGUAGCAAAUGGACUUAAGGACCAAGAGUUUGCAUUUGUUUGCAUACUUUGUGUCUCCUCUUCCGUCUGUCCUCCCUUCUCCAGAAGUGGUUUGUAUGAAUUUUUGCCACAGAUGCUUUGGAGAUCUGGAGCAGGAUAUUUUAAUGUGGACAAAAGCUGGAUGUACACUUGUUAAAUUAUGGCUGUGUGUUACUUACUCAAAGCCACAGAAACAAACUGUUUCUGAGGCAGAGCGUCAAUCCAGUACUGUAGUUAGACACCCUGUUUGUCUGUGUUCGCAGUUCAGAAAUAUAUUUCAGCAUAAGCUUUUGUCCAUCUCUGAACUAGCUUGAAUCCUAUUACAUUCCCAAGUGAGACUUAAGUGCCUGCUUACAACUCAGUACAUGGUUUGCUGAUUAGGAACAGACUGUUAAAGCAAGAACACUUAAGGACCAAGAAGAUGCUUUUUUGCGUAAUUCAGGAAUUAAAGGACUAAUAAAAGGGAACCAAGUUUGGGCAGUAUGGACAGCUCCUGCUCUAGAGAGCAGCGUAUGGAUCCCAGGUCACCUUCAUUCCUAUAUUUUAUCUUUCUAGGAUAUUAAGCAGAGAAAUUGGCACCUUUGGGCAGACGUUAGAAACAAAAUCCCAGUACUUGUUCGGAAAUGCCCUGUGCUGAGGUCAUUAUUGCUAUCAUGAACAUUACAAUCACAGUUGUUUACUGUAGUCAGCACUCCUGAAGGUAUGCACUCCCCUCAGAUUGCUUCAAAUAUUUUACCUGCUUCUCUUUUAUUUCAUAAUCCUGCUUCAAAACAAGUCAAGCAAAGCUGUCACUGAACAUGAAGGGACUGAAAAGGCACACACGAAAAGGAAUGGAUAGUGGUGGAAGGAAGUAGGUGCUAGGCCAAAAUGAGGGAAAAAUACCAUGGCACAUGUAAAAGCACAAAAUUGUUAGUACUAUGUAAAAAGCACAUAAUUCACAAAGGUACUGAGCCAAAUUCAGCCUCCAGGCAGGCUGGUGGAGCUGAAUCAGUUUAUACCAGGACUGAAUUUGGCUCUCAGUGUUAAUUUCACUAAUCCAUUAUUUAGUGUAAAUGUUGCUAAUAGUAUUUUUUACUAAACAACAAAUUAUAACCUCUCCAUAAUUCUGUUAUUACCAGUGUCAUUAUCUCACUUGAAUUGUCAUUAAAGAAAUGAGUAAUUAAGAAAUGCACAGAUUUUGUAAUAUUGUAUUCCCCGACUUAAAUGCAAAAGAAAAAACAUUUCCAGCUUCUAAUGGUCCAGAAUGUUUGUUUAUGUUACUGUUACUUCACCUUAAAAUUAUUUUAUAA